AUGCAUAAGUUUCAGAACCCACGGACGAUUUAUAGACCUACAGAUAUCAUCAACGACAUCCGUCGAGAGUAUGGGGUAGUUAUGAGUUACCAGAAGGCCUGGAAGGCAAAAGAAUGUGCAUUGGAAGAUUUAAUGGGUUCGACAGAGGAGAGUUAUACCAAAUUGGCCAGGUAUUGCCACAACAUGGUGAGAACUAAUUCUGACUCGGCGUUUUUUAUUGAAACCGAUGGGCAGAAUCGCUUCAAGUAUUUUUUUAUGGCUCUUGGACAAUGCAUUAGAGGUUUUCGAAAUGCGACGCGACCUCUAAUUCUAGUUGAUGGUACAACCCUAAAAGCUAGAUAUGAAAGGAAGUUGAUUAUUGCUACAUGUCAAGAUGCCAAUAUUCAAAUUUACCCUCUAGCAUUUGGCAUUGUCGAUGGAGAAAUUGAUCUAGCAAUGCGUUGGUUCUUCACGAAGCUAAGAGAAGUAAUUGAGGACAUCGAGAACCUUGCAUUUGUGACUGACCGGGGGCAAUCAUUAAUAAAUGGUAUAACCGAAGUUUUUUCGGAAGCACAUUGUGGUUAUUGCAUGUACCACAUUCAGGGCAACCUGAAGACUAGGUACCGGGGCAGUGGCAUCGUUGCAUUGUUUAGGAGAGCUGCAGAAGUUUACGGCUUUGAAGAGUUUACGAAGUUCAUGAGCGAAAUAGAACAUAAAUCAGAAAGUGCAUGGGAAUAUCUAUCAAAUAUGGGGGUCGAACAUUGGGGACUCAAGUUGCAACAGUGGUUUUAUGACCGACGUGAGGAAUCCCAGAAUUGCACGAGUGUGCUAGCUCCGGCACAGGAAGAUCGACUAUUCAAAACUCUGGAAGUGGCAAAAGCUCUAUUUGUGGAACCACUAGAUCAAUUUCGCUUCUCCUGGCUAUGUAUAGAGGAUUUCCACCACAUAGUUUAUGUAGUCAUUAGUACAUGGCUGAUUUUUGGAAAGCAGUGUAUGCCGAAACUAUAUUUCCUCUACCAAAUGAAGUCGAGAGAGUUUCUACGACCGCGUAAGUGCGGGAGGUGCGACGCUGCAGGGCAUACACGUCGAUUUUGUACAAGUCAGAUCCCACUAAACAAUGACUCGACGGAUAUGUAG